GUUUGAUUUUAGUUUGAUAUUAAACGUCAAAUUUAAAAUUGGAAUUUUCCCAACCAAACCCAUGAAAAGUUUCCAUAACAUAAAAAGAAAUAAAGCUGUUGAACAAUGAAUUAUAUCGUGGGGCGAUGUCUCAGACGUGUUCUAUAUUCACCAAUAAUAAAACCACGAAUCCGUUUCAAUUCGGGAAGUGUAACAAUCCCCCCAGAAGACACUUUGCAAAGCCACAGAAUGAAAAUGAGAGAAACUGAACCUAUAGAAAAGAAGAAAGCAAGACUUCUAUACCAAUCAAGAAAAAGGGGCAUGCUGGAAAAUGAUCUCUUGUUGAGCACUUUUGUGGGAAAAUACUUGGAUAAGUUUGAUGAAAAACAGACAGCCAUGUAUGAUACUCUUAUUAAUAGCCCAUCAAAUGAUUGGGACAUUUAUUACUGGGCCACCAAUACCAAACCCACACCACCAGAGUAUGAUCAUGAAAUAAUGGAUCUACUGAAAGAGCAUACAAAAAAUAUCAAAAAGGAAUCCAGAAUCAGGCAACCAGAUUUGUAAUGUGUGGAUUUUUGUAUUCAACAGUAUUUUUAUUUGCAGAUAUACCUAUUUAUAUAGUUACCAAAAUAAAUGAUCUAAUUUCAUAUUGACAUUUUUUGUAUCUAUAUUUUACUUUAUACAGGGAUAUUCAAAGUUCUAUGUAAAUAUUAUAAGACUUUUAAUGAAGGGGACUUCUGAAAAUUGGCAU